AUGUCAUACUACAAUAGAUACAGAGGUCAGCGAAACUUCGCACCUCAAGCAGAACCUGGUGGAAACAUGGAAGAACCUGAUGCGAUAUUUGAAUUGGGCAAGAACAAAAGAGUAACGGUUCGUCAGUUUAGGAACAUCAAUCUGAUCGAUAUUCGUGAGUACUAUGCGGAUGGAGCGUCGGGAGAAAUGAAACCGGGCAAGAAGGGAAUCUCAUUGACGGAAGAAGUGUACGACGAACUGCUGAAGCAUCGACAGAAUAUUGACGAUGCGUUGCGGAGAUUCGGUUCCAAACGGCCUAGAACGAAAACCGUCAACGUACUUUCAGACAGUGAAGAAACCAAUGUGGACGUAGAGACACCUGGGAAAGCCUCCUCGAACCGGGAAAAAUCCAGCCAAAAAUCCGAAAACAAUGGAGAAAGACCAAAGGCAAGAAAAGAACGCAAGCGGAAAGAACCUGCACCACCACAGGCGCAACCGGACGAAAAAAGACGCAGAAACGAUGAACUGGAGUUCAAUGCGCAGCUGGUGGUCCCCUCCAAUGCCAAGCCUGCUUCUAGUCCGGUUGAGGAAACAGCCAAGAGCGCCAAAACUCCAAAGACCAAAGCUACCAACAACCCGAGACUUGACGAUAUGCCAGUCGCAGCACAUACAACACAGACAUCACAGACAAACAACCCAAGACUAGACGAUCAUUUGCAUAAACUCACGCCUCCUGUUCAAGCCGCGAAAAACGAGUCUGAUCUAGACUCGAGCGACGAAGAUUUUGCACAGGCCUUGGAAUCGGAAUUCAACAAGGAUGACGAUGAUGACGAAGAAGAUGAUGACGACGACGGCGAGCGUACCGCGCUCAAUGACCACACGGAUGGAAACAUCAGCGAAGAAUCGUGA